AUGGGGUCGCUGUCGCGUCGCGUCGCGACGCUCGACGCGGCGACGCGCGAUCGCCUCCUCGCGCACUCGGGAUCGCUCGAACCCGAGUGCACGUCGCGAUCGCCGCCUUCGUCGCGGACGUGGGGGUUCGCGAACGUCCCGACCGUGGACCAUCUCGCGACCGGCGGGGCAGCGCGGAGGUCGUACGAGGAUUGCCUCGAGAGAGACAACGACUUCGGGAGCCCGCACUGCGUGCACGCGAUGAUGCGAGCGUACGGCAUCGCGGACGGGUGGUCCGUCGUCGACGGCGGGCACCGAGGGAAGGAGGAGACCGCGCGCGUGAGCGAGUUCAUGGACCUCGUGAAGGUCCAAGUCAAAAGCGCGUGGGCGACCGAGAGCGUGCGACGAGGCGUCGCGCACUACAAGUCCGGGGACGCCACGACCGCGCUGAAGAUGUACGAGCAAGCGCUCGAGCUCGACAAGCGACACGCAGAGGCGUACGUCGCGAGAGGCGCGGCGCUGAACGCCCUCAACCGCGUCAGGGACGCCGCGGAAGACUUCGAGACCGCGCUGAAGAUCGACCCCGAUCAUCGCAACGCGAGGAAGUACUUGGACGCGGUGAGAAGCAAGAACCCGGACGCGUUCAAGCGGCCGCCGUCGAUCAUGUCGGGAGGGAGGAACAAGCUCCCUCCACCGCUUCCUAUUCGCGCGAGCGCGCCGGCGGCGGAGACGAUCGCGAGGGCGACGACGCUUCAGAAGCCUAUUGAACCGAGCGAGACGCCGGCGGCGGCGGAGGUGAAGAAGACGGAGGAGGUAAAGACGAAGGAGGAGGUAAAGACGAAGGAGGAGGUAAAGACGGAGGAUGUUAUCAAGACGAAGGAGGUUGUGAAGACGGAGGAUGUUAUCAAGACGGAGGAGGCUGUUAAGACGGAGACGAAACCGGCGAGUCCGCCGCGGGCGAAGCACGUCACGGACUUGUCAGUACUGAAGCGGAAUUGGGAGCAGGUGGACGAUCGCAACCGCAGAGAGGCCGCAGAACGCGCGCGCAAAGACAAAGAAGCUCACCUGGAACAUGUGGUCGCGGUCGCAGAAGCAGAACGCGCGCGCAAAGACAGAGAAGCUCAGCUGGAAAGAGAGGUCGCCGCGGCGGUUGAGAAAAAGCGGCUCGAGAAGAGUCUCGAGAGGGAGAGGAGGAAAAAUUCGGAGAAGCAGGUCGUCGUCACGAUACGCAAUAAACGCGGACGAGAGGAUAGCAGAGAGCGCGAGGGCAGCAGAGAUCGAGAGAGGGAGCCGAAGCGACGCAAAGACGACUACGCGUACUCGAGGGAUCGCAAAGACAAGAAGAGCAAGAAGAAGCAAAAGAAGGACAAGAAGGGCCAUCGUCGCGACUACUACUAGUCACGACGUCGCCGAAACCGUCCGGUUCGACCCGCGUCCGAGCGUAGUAUCAGUAGCAAUAGCGAAGCAGAACGGAGCGCGAACGUGCACGUCUGACGUUGUUUACACUAGACUAAUCGGAAACAAC